GUUCAACCCCGCAUAUAUAUAUUUACUGUCCGUAUAACAGUCCAAAACUCUUCUUACUUACCUAAAUCAGAUCUCUCUCUCUCUCUCUCUCUCUCUCUCGCCUUCGUCUCCAAUCUCGCUUUCAACAAUCUCUCCACUGCUCCAACUUCAUCGGAGGAGAUCUGUAGGGCUGUGAAGCUCAUUUUUUAUGGAGAGCGUUGGAGCUGAGGGUGCUUCAGCAGCUGCACCUCUAAAUCAGUGGAGGCAUGAUGCGUGGAAACUUUUCCAGUUUUAUUUGGAUAAAACUACUCCUCAUGCAGUUUACAGAUGGGUUGGAACCGCUAUUUUAACUUUCAUAUAUGCUCUGCGGGUUUUCUAUGUUCAAGGGUUCUAUAUUAUUACCUACGGUCUGGGUAUCUAUAUAUUGAAUUUGUUGAUUGGGUUCUUGUCGCCUCUUGUUGAUCCCGAGGUAGAUCAUCAUUCGGAUGGGCCAAUGCUACCAACAAAAGGUUCAGAUGAAUUCAAGCCUUUCAUUCGCCGCCUGCCUGAGUUCAAGUUCUGGUACGCUAUAACAAAGGCUGUAUGUAUAGCAUUUGCCAUGACCUUCUUUUCCAUGUUUGAUGUCCCUGUCUUCUGGCCCAUACUACUGUGUUACUGGGUCGUUCUAUUCGCCCUCACAAUGAAGCGUCAAAUCAUGCACAUGAUCAAAUACAAAUAUAUCCCCUUCAGUGUUGGAAAACAGAAAUACAGUGGCAAGAAAUCUGCUGCAAGUAGCAGUGGAUCCCGUGCAGAUUAAAGCUUGUGUGUUGGUUUUAGACCAAAUGGAAACGGAUCCAAGGAGCGAACAUUUGGAAAUAUUCAUUGCUAUAGAUGUUGUUUCAAGUAAUUUUGUAUUUUAUUUUAACUAAUAUGGAUUGGAAACCAUGGAGUUACAGACAUGUAGUUGAUCAGUUGUUUAUGCUAGAUGAUGCUGCAUGCAUGUUGCAGAAGUGAAACUUGUUUAUACACAAUGCUAUGAAGAUUCAAUUCUUUUUCUGUUCUUUUCAGGGACUGGUAAUGUAAUAUGCUCCAAUCUAAUGGGAUAUUUGUCCCCUUUGACAUUUUAUUUAUUUAUUAUUGUAGUC